AUGACAGCCUACCUUCUUUCGAGGAUCGGCGAUCCCAUCUUCGCACUCACAAUGGGUGUCGCUGCCGCCCUCACUCGCAUCCGCCGCGACCAACAAGAGAAGAACCCAGAGAGGGCAUCAGAAAUUGGAUACGGAACCAUCGCACAGCUCGGCCAGCGACGGUUACAAAGGUGGUGGAAUGGAGAUUUCCAGGACUUAUGA